AACAGUUUAUGGUGGACACGCACAACAAACAUGAGCUGGACAGCGUUAGGAUACUUGCAAUGAUGAGCAAGAUCAUUUCUCAUUCUGCGACAUGUCAACACACCUGAAGCAGCUAAUCAAGAUGCUGAUCGGCCUCGCUGGAUAUCUGACAGGCUAUGAUGGCAGCUUUCCCUUCAUAAAACCAGGGGACAAAUAUGAGCACCACAACUAUUUGGGGAUGAGAGCAUUCUGUGCAGCUCUUGGUUCCUGUCUUCCUCCUUUUACUUUCCUUAUUGUCCUGGAGCUGUCUCGCUCUACACCAGCAGCGAUCAUUGCAGCCUCUCUGCUUAUCUUUGACACUGGCUGUAUCACCCUGUCUCAGUACAUUCUCCUGGAUCCCAUUCUAAUGUUUUUCAUCAUGGGCUCUGUUCUCUGCAUGGUCAGAUUCAACACACAGAGACUCAGGCCUUUCAGCUUCUCCUGGUGGUUCUGGCUGCUUCUGGCGGGGGUCUGCCUCUCAGGGUCUCUGGGGGUAAAGUUUGUGGGGCUGUUUGUCAUCCUCUUGGUGGGAAUUAACACAGCAUUUGAUCUGUGGAGGCUGCUUGGGGACCUCAGCUUGUCUCUGGUGGAUUUUGGGAAGCACUUAUUGGCUCGAGUUUUCGGGUUGAUAAUGCUCCCAUUGUUCCUGUACACUACAAUAUUUGCCGUCCACUUUGUUGUCUUAAACAGAAGCGGUCCUGGGGAUGGUUUCUUCAGCUCUUCUUUCCAGUCUCGCUUGAUUGGAAACAAUCUGCACAAUGCCUCCAUGCCGGAGUAUCUGGCAUAUGGCUCUCUAAUAACUGUGAAGAAUCUGCGAAUAGCAGGAGGGUAUCUGCACUCUCACUGGCACCUUUACCCAGAAGGGGUUGGAGCUCACCAGCAGGUUACAGCCUAUUUGCACAAAGAUUACAACAACCUGUGGUUGGUCAAGAGACCUGACAACUCUGACGAUCUCACUGGGCCACCAGAACUGGUCCAUCAUGGUGACAUCAUUAGACUGGAACACAGAGUACGUAUCAGAACUACAAGGAAUCUUCAUAGUCAUUUCCAUGAAGCUCCACUGAAAAAACACCUGCAGGUCACCGGUUAUGGCAUUAAUGGAAGCGGAGACAUGAAUGACUUGUGGCAGGUGGAGGUGUGUGGAGGGAAGAAAGGAGAUCCGCUGAAGGUGCUGCGCAGUAAAGUGCGUUUUCUCCAUCGCUCUACAGGCUGUGCGCUCUGCUCCUCUGGAAGGACCCUUCCCAAGUGGGGAUGGGAACAAGUGGAGGUCACAUGUAGCCCAUAUGUCAAAGAGAGCCCCAACACUCAGUGGAACAUUGAGGAUCUCAUCAAUCCUAAACUGCCCAACAUCAGUCUUUCUGUGCUCAAACCAACUUUCCUGGAGAUCCUCUGGGAGUCUCACAUUGUGAUGAUCAGGGGAAACAGUGGUUUGAAGCCCAAAGACAAUGAGAUAUACUCUAAGCCCUGGCACUGGCCCAUCAACUAUCAGGGUUUGAGGUUUUCUGGAGUGAAUGAGACGGAGUACCGCGUUUAUCUUCUCGGGAACCCUGUCAUCUGGUGGCUGAACCUCUUGAGUCUUGCUCUGUUUGUUUUAAUGCUGACAGUUGCAUCUUUAGCAAAACAGAGAGGAGUGAAAAUGGAGGGAAUGAGGAAAGGUAAGCAGCACUACAUAGUUGCAAAACAAAUUCUCAUGGAGGGUGGUGGAAUGCUGCUUUUGGGUUGGCUAUUACACUACCUCCCGUUCUACAUCAUGGGUCGCAUACUCUACUACCACCAUUACUUUCCUGCAAUGUUGUUCAGCAGUAUGCUCACGGGUAUUACUCUGGACAUCUUCCUCCAGAAUUUACACCUUCUCUUUAGUUCAUCCAGAUCCCAUUAUUUUGUGAGGGGAGGUCAGUUUAUACUCCUGUUAGGGUUCAUCUACAGCUUUUAUCUCUUCCACCCUCUCUCCUAUGGCAUGAGGGGGCCGCUGGCACAUGACCCUGCCUCCUCGAUGGCUGGCCUCAGGUGGAUGGAAUCCUGGGAAUUUUAGACAAUUUUAGACAGUUUUGAAGGACUUCAUUAGAUGUUUUUAACUAUUUUACUUGUAACAUGUCGACUGGCUCAUUUCAUUGUGGAAGUACAGCCUUUACUCUGCUGUUAGACUGUGAUGAAAAUAGUAUUUUAAAGUUAGUGUUUUACAGUCAAGGUGUUUUAACUGCUGUAGCUGGACUGAACUAAACUGAUAAGUAAUAAAGUGCCUUUCAAGUUUCAGAUUUAAAGACACUAAAUUAUGUUUAAAAUAUUCACUCCUUCAGUUGUGUUUUGUACAUUUCAAUUGUUGCAUAUUUUGUUUUUCCUAAAAGAAAAAUGUUUGAAUUAGUGUAUGCAAAAGCAGCAACCUUUAAAAAUACAGUGUAUCACAUUGUUAUAUUUCUCAUCUACACAAGUUGUGUAUUUGAUUAAUUAAAUUGCCAUUUCUGGGUCAUACCAAA